GUCCUCCCUAAGUCAAUAAAAAUAAUAUAAAGGGCAAGUUUCUUUUUUUGUUUUUUACCUUCUUAACUUCACAUUGACCAACCAACUCCUUGUUCCAUCGAAUCUAGUCUACUUGCUACUCUAUUCAUAUCAUAUCAUUCCUCAAAAUCAAAACUGAUCUUCUAUUUUUAUUCAUUCAACUCUCUUUCAUUUCUCAACAAUGGCUGAAGCUUUGCUUGGUGUUGUUUUUGAGAAUUUGCUGUCUCUUGUUCAAAAUGAAUUUUCCACCAUUUCUGGUAUCAAGUCAAAGGCUCAAAAGUUAUCAACCACCUUAGAUCUCAUCAACGCCGUUCUUGAAGAUGCUGAGCACAAACAGCUCACCAACCGUUCCAUUAAGGUUUGGCUUCAACAACUCAAAGAUGCAAUUUAUGUGCUGGAGGAUAUUCUUGAUGAAUGUUCCAUCGAAUCUGGUCGACUUAAGGGUGCAUCCUCUUCCAAACUGAAGAACAUCAUGUUGCGCCGUAAGAUCGGAAACAAGUUCAAGGAGAUUACAAGCAGAUUCAAUCAAAUUGCUGAAAGUAAGAACAAGUUUCUUCUACAAGUGGUUGGUACAGUUAGGGAAAGGCAACAAGAAGUGGCUGUAUGGCGCCAAACCACCUCUAUUAUUGCCGAACCCAAAGUGUAUGGUCGAGAGGAUGAUAAAGAGAAGAUUGUCGAAUUUCUUCUCACCCAGGCAAGAGGCUCUGACUUCCUCCCUGUGUAUAGCAUCGUCGGCUUAGGUGGUGUUGGAAAAACAACUCUUGCUCAAUUGGUCUUCAAUGAUCAGCGGGUAAGUAUUCAUUUUGAUACAAAAAUUUGGGUGUGUGUUUCAGAGAUUUUCUCUAUCAAGACGAUUUUGUGUUCUAUUAUAGAAUCUAUCACAAGAAAUAAGUGUUACGACUCCAAUUUAGACGUAAUGCAAACAAAAGUGCAAGAAAGAUUGCAAGGUAAAAGAUAUUUGUUGGUCUUGGAUGAUGUAUGGAAAAGAAAUCAGGAAUUGGAAUAUGGAUUAAGCCAGGACAAUUGGAAUAAGUUGAAAGCUGUGUUAUCGUGUGGAUCCAAAGGUGCUGCGGUUUUAGUUUCCACUCGUGACAGGGAUGUUGCAGGAAUCAUGGGAACUUGUGAAACUCAUUGUCUAUCUGGUCUCUCUGAAGACGAAUGUUUGUUAUUGUUCAAACAAUAUGCAUUCGGACAUAGGAAAGAAGAGCGGGCAGAGCUUGUGGCUAUUGGCAAGGAAAUCAUCAAGAAGUGUGGUGGAUUACCUCUUGCAGCACAAUCGUUAGGUGGUCUAAUGCGCUCAAGAAGUCAAGAAAAGGAAUGGCUUGAAAUUAAAGAUAGUGAGAUUUGGACUUUACCUGAUGAGAAUUCAAUUUUGCCAGCUUUGAGAUUGAGCUACAUAUAUUUAACACCAACCUUGAAGCAGUGUUUCGCGUUUUGUGCUAUAUUUCCUAAAGAUACAGAAAUGAUGAAGGAAGAUUUGAUUCAUCUUUGGAUGGCUAAUGGAUUCAUUUCAUCUAGGAAAAAUUUGGAAGUAGAAGAUGUUGGCAAUAUGGUCUGGAAUGAAUUGUGCCAGAAAUCAUUCUUCCAAGACAUCAAGGUGGCUGUUGAUUCAGAAGACAUUUCUUUUAAGAUGCAUGAUCUUCUCCAUGAUCUAGCUCAAUUUGUUACCGGGCCUGAGUGUAUGAUUUUGGAGAGCUCAAACUCUGAUUUAUCAAGAAGCACUCAUCAUAUUAGUUUUGACUAUCCCACUUUGCUAUCAAUCAAUGAAGGUACCUUCAAAAAAAUUGAAUCCUUGCGAACACUAUAUGGUAUAAAAUUUUAUAACUGCCACUCUUUUUCUCAAAGUCGCUUCCCAACAAACAGCUCUCUGCGGGUUUUACGGAUAGAUUGUUCAAUGUUAUUUUCACUUGAGAGCUUUACUCAUUUGAGGUAUUUGGAACUUUAUGGUUUCUCAACCUUUGAAGACAUAUCUGACUCAAUUCAUACAUUGAAGAAUUUGGAAGUCUUAAAAUUUAAAAGUUUUUGGAAAACUAGUUAUCUACCUGAACACUUAAGUUGCUUACAGAAUCUCAGACACCUUGUCAUCGAAGAUUGUAAUUCACUGUCUUCUCUCUUUCCUAAUAUUGGAAAGUUAUCUUGCCUAAGAACAUUAAGUGUAUUUAUUGUUCGUCGGGAGACGGGACACAAGUUGACAGAGUUACAUGAUCUAAAGUUGGGGGGAAAACUGAGCAUCGAAGGCCUAAAAAAUGUUGGUAGUUUAUCUGAAGCUCAAGAGGCCAAUAUGAUGAGUAAAAAGGACAUCCAAGAAUUAUGCUUGUCAUGGAGCAAAAGUGUAGUAUUUACCGAGGGACCAACUACUAGUGCAGAGCAAGUAAUUGAAGCACUUCAACCCCACUCAAACCUUAAGAGGUUGAAAAUAGAUCUCUAUGAUGGGUUAUCCUUACCAAGUUGGAUCAGGAUUCUGAGUAGUUUAAUUUCUGUUGAACUUUCUGGUUGUGACAACUGCGUGCAGCUUUCAGCACUUAGCAAACUGCCGUGUCUAAAAAAAAUAUAUUUACGCCAGAUGGAUAAUGUGCAGUACAUGGAUGAUGAUGAACCUCCCCAUGGUGUGGAAGUGAGGGCUUUCCCAUCUCUAGAAGAACUCUCAUUAGAUGGGUUACCAAACUUAGAGCGAUUGUUGAAAGUGGAAAGUGUAGAGAUGUUCCCCCAUCUUUCUAAUUUUACCAUCAUAAAUUGCCCUAAACUUGUGUUGCCACGCCUCUCAUCUGUUAAAUACCUAUUUGUAGAUGGAUGUAACAACGAGUUACUGAGACAAAUCUCUAGUUUCUAUGGUCUUACAACUCUUCACCUUCAUAAAAAUGAAGAUGUGACAUCCCUCCCAGACGGUAUGUUAAGAAACCUGACCUCCCUUCAAACUCUGACAAUAUCUGAUUUCCUAAAAUUGAUGGAAUUGCCAAAUGAACCCUUCAAUCUUUCUUUGGAACAUCUGUGUAUCAAUCGUUGUGGUGAGCUUGAGUCUUUGCCGGAGCAACUUUGGGAAGGUUCACUUUCUCUUCGAACGAUCGAUAUUGUUCAAUGUGAAGGAUUGAGAUCCUUGCCGGAAGGUAUUCGACAACUCACUUCACUUCAGGUUUUGACUAUUCAUGGUUGCCCAACAUUAAAGAAGCGCUGCGAGGAGCAAACAGGGGAGGACUGGGAUAAGAUAGCGCACAUUCCAAAAUUACUGAUUUGGUAGAAUGGAAAAAGAAUGUAAACUUUUGGAGAGCAUUGAUACAACUUGAUUAUUCUUAUAUGCUUCCAUGAACGUUGUUCUUCCAGUUUUUUCUUCCUCUUAUUCGACCCAAUCUGAAUUUGACACUCUUGGGUCUUGUCUCUAUGUGAGAAUUGCUUCUGAUCAAAUUGUUAAGAACAAUGAUUUAUCAUCUCUGGGAUUUCUGAUUUCUGACUUCUGACUGUAUGUAGUUUUCAACUUAUUCUUGUUGUUGCAUUUCCACAUAUUUCCAUUUAUGUAUUAGAUUGCCUUAUUUUGUAUUUGUAUAAUUCAAGCUUGAGAAUUUCACUUUUGUAUUCUUGACAAAAGACUUGCUAAUCUCAUAUUAUUGUAUUUUGUUAUGUUCAUAAAUGCCUAAUUAUUGACC